AUGGAUGGUGAACAUUCCAAUAAGUCUGAGAAAAAGAAUCUAUCUCAGGCGGAAUCGAAAGUCCAGCAGCCGAAGCCGCAGGCUCUCCCAAACCGUACCGCUCCUUCGGCCAUUCUAGUAUCAUCGCGGCAAAAGGGCAAUCCAAUUCUCAGCCAUGUAAAGCUUGUGCCGUGGGAGUAUGCUGAUAUCCCGGCAGAUUAUGUUCUAGGAGCUACUACCUGCGCACUGUUUUUAUCAUUGAAAUACCACCGGUUACAUCCAGAAUACAUCUACUCCCGCAUACGCGUCCUCGCUGGCAAAUACAGUCUACGCAUUCUGCUGGUCAUGGUAGACAUUCCAAACCAUGAAGAGACAUUGAAAGAGCUGUCCAAGACAUCGAUAGUGAAUAAUGUAACCCUUAUUCUCUGCUGGUCGGCCCCGGAGGCUGCGCACUAUCUGGAACUGUUCAAAUCGUCAGAGAACGCACAGCCAACUGCCAUCCGAUCCCAGCAAGCGCAGUCGUAUCGGGAGAGCCUAGUCGAGUUUGUCACUGUCCCGCGGAGUAUUAACAAGUCCGAUGCAGCUAGCUUGAUUUCGACAUUUGGUAGUCUGCAGGCAGCUAUCAAUGCGCAGCCGGAACAAAUAAGUUCUGUACCUGGCUGGGGUGAGAAAAAGGUUCGGCAAUGGAGUAAUGCUGUCCGGGAGGACUUUAGAGUUGAAGCGUCUAGGAAGAGAGCUGCUGCUGCUCAGCAGGAAAUGCCUGCUGAUAGGCCUCAGCGUGGGCAGGGUAUAUCCGGUAUAGAAGAGGAAGAAGAGAUGCUGUUUGCAUCGGCUCAUGAUGGUGAUCAAUUUGAGGGUACUCAGUCGGAGAAGCAACAAGAAGAGAGCAUGAGUGAUGGUAUCAUGAAUGCCCUAGCCAGGCUGCGGAAGGACGGCGGAUGA